AUGAAUAAUAACAAUGAAUAAAUUAUCAAGAAGAGAGAUAUAUAUCCCCAUAAAAGUGGAUUAGAAAGUUAUGUAUUAUUUCCUUAUCAAUAUAUAAAUUAAAAAUGUAUUCUUAUAAGUAAGAAUGGAGAAUAUGCCAAUAAAGAAAAAUAAACUAGAGGGUUUCUAACUGAAUAAUCUAUUCAUUUUGGAAUUAGUUCUUUAUAGGGAAUUAUGAGUAAUCAUGGAGAGUAUUUGGUUACUUGGAUAAUAAAUAAAUCAAAGUAAAUUCAAAUUAGGAGAUUCACAGAAUUCUGA